CAAUAAAAAGAAAUUGUUGAGUGAAGAUAUUCGGAAUAUGAAUAUUAGUGAAGAAAAAGUGUCCAGUGAAAGCAGUGUAACUUCAUCGAGUGAUAGCAGUGUGGACAACUCCAAGAGGAUCAAGUCAAAGAUGAAGGACAAAAGCGGGAACAAUCCAAAUAUGAAAGAUGUUGAAGACGAUAAUAAUAUGGAGACAUAGAUGAGCCACAUAUAUAAAAUUUUGUGAUAAUA